AUGAAUAACAGACCUGUCGAGCAGGCUCUGGGCAUACUGGUGCCCACCCAUGCAAAUGAUAUUCCCCCGGAGUUGCUCAGCUUGGCUCUUUCGCUUGUUGCGCAAUCGCGAAGCUUAUCUAGUAGUCUCAAGCCGGAGGAAGAAAUCGCACGGCCUUAUGCCUGCGCUGAGAUUGCGUGUAAAAGGCUGAGCAGAGCCCUCAAACUACCUCCCUUACUCGGCCAUCCACCAUGUCCUCCACGCGCAUAUAGAAAGCUCUACUCCUUCCUCGAUCGCUCCCUCACAUCCAGCACCGCCGGAACCAAGCGUCCAGCAAGCGGCUCAGCCCCAGGAACUCCCUCGCGAGCGGGCUCUACCCCGUCCACGCCGACAAAAGAGUCCCGACCAACCCGAACACCAUCGAAAGCAGCAGCCGCCACGCCGCGCGCCCUCCAAAAUACCCCCAGCAAAUCCACGCCCUUGAAGCGGUCAACAACCCGGCCGGAGAGCCCCUCCGCCUCGCGCACUCCUCGCACAUUGGCCAAUUUCCGCCCCAAUGGUAUCUCCGGCGCUUCAAUUAUCCCUGAUGCGCCGGCUUGGGUGAUGAAUUCUAUUCGCAACGUCUGUAAGACGCUUUCUACGCCCGCACCCCGAACGAGCACCUGGUCUCGACCACCGAUAUCGCGCACGCUCCCGCCACAUGUCUUUGCGGGUGUUUCGUCCAUUCUGUACUUCGUGUCCAAAGUCUCGGGCAACAAUGAGGGCGAAGAAGACGGGGAGGAGCUCGAUGAAGAAAUGCUCGAGUUCGUGGAACCGGUCAUCCUCGCGAAAGACAAAGACGAAGACGAAGAUUUCAAAGAGCUCGUCCAGGCUCUGAUCGUGGCCGUUUACUUCUUGGUCCUUGCCCGGCGACGAACCCCGGGCCCGACCGAGACCGCGUCCGGCGAGGAGACGCGCAAAAUGGACAAGAAGACGUUCUCGGAGAUGCGACAGGCUGCGCUGACGAGUCUCGGGCUGCCUACGUCGGAGAGGAGACAUCGCGACGACGUGGAUCAGUGGAUUGCGCUGAUCAUGGAGCAGAGCUGGGCGAACGGGAAGGAGUGGUUCGAGAAUAUCCCGCAGGCUGGCGAGUUGGAUGGUGACGAGGCGUAUCUAUCGGAUGUCGGUGCCGAUGAGGACGAUGGGGCGUUGAGGGAUGGGAAACGGCCGAAGAUGAUGGGGAAGAGCCGUACGUCGCUCUUUUCGAAGGAUAAUGGGAGGGGCGGAUUGCUGCCUGGUCUGGGGACCAUGAUGCAGGAUCGGGUGGAUUAUCUGAGUGAGGAUCGCAGGGAGGAUUAUGUUGAGUGGAAGGCGGAGGUCAUGGCGAGAAUCAAGCAGAUGGAGCGAACUGCUCAGCCUGUUGCUUGA